AUGCGAACUGUCGACCACCACUUGCUUUUGCUCGUUCUCUGGUUUUCCCUACAGAUGAUCAACGCGGAAAGAGCCUCGAACGAGGACCAGAAUGAAGAUGGCGUUCUACUGGAGAAGGAGGAUGUUGCGAUUAAUGAGACGGAUGCGACCACUCAAAUCAAUUCAAGCUUUGUGAUCAUCGAUGAGCCUGAGAGUAAUUCCACCGAAAUUGAUGGUCCUACUACCGAAACUCCUAAACCACUCACCAAACGUGCUCGCUCUCGAAAAGUAAAUCCUAAAGAAUGUCGUACAUUUUCGCUCAGCGAAAAAUAUCGCAUGUUGGAAGGUGUUGGUGGACGAAAUCAGUUUUAUAUGGCUGAGACUCCUGAGGAAGCGUCGCGAGGUUUCGUCGCUUCAAAAUCUCCCGAACCUAGAAUGAAGGCUCUGUCGGAUACUGUAGAUCGAAGAGUAGACACAGCGUUUUGCAAUGAAGAAUGCGUAAUGAUUCGCCGAACGCUGGAAAAAGCUCUGAAGGAACGCAAGAGGCACCGGCCAACUGAGGAGCGCACGAGUUUUCUUCGGGUUCCAAUUCUGCCUUUCAGCGACUCGGGGUCUGUCGAUUUGGACUCGCUUUUUACAUCCACAAAUAGGAUAUGCUCAUUGGAAACAUUUGUCCCUCUUGGAAACUGUAGCGAACCAGGCGAAGAGGUGUCAUGGGCUCACGAACAACUGUGUUCAAUGUGCCGCGGUGUUUAUAUGCUUAGUGAGAACUGUUUUCCAACGUUCUUCAACUCUGUGCUCUGCAAUCAGCAGGAAACUGGAUGCAUUUUUGACAACUGGACGGAUAGGGCACAUGGUAUGUGUCGCCCUGAGACUUUAAGCUUGAGAGUGCUUCGGAAUCGAGGUGAUCCUGUUUGCGAAGACUGGGUGAUCGAACACAUUGAGCUGCCUGUCGCCUGUCAGUGCCUGCUAAGCAAAGGUUCGUGGUUACGAUCACACCCAUCGAAAGAACAGUGA